UGCAGCUCAGCAGGCAGCAGUCGGAGAUUUACCUGUCUUGUCUGGAUUUACCUGCUCUUCUCUCACACGCACCUUGAACUCUCCAGCAAUGGCAGCCUGCUUGCAUUUUCUUGCAGUUGUGACCCUCAUCCUCUGCCUGUCCCUUCAGGAAGGGUUUGGACACCCCCUUUCGCGACAGUCUGAACUCCCUCCCAAGCUGACCCCCCAGCACGUGAGAGUCAAGCGCUGCUCCUGCAACAACCAGAUGGACACUGAGUGUCACUACUUCUGCCACCUGGACAUCAUCUGGGUCAACACACCCAGUAAGAUGACUCUGUACGGCCUGGGCAGCCCCCUGUCCCGUCGCCGUCGCUCCGCCCAGCGCUGUGCCUGUGCCAGUCUCUCUGACCGCACCUGUUCCAGCUUCUGCCGCAGGAGCUCUGAGAACGUCUCCACCUGGGAGCCAAGUUCCAUCUCAGGCCGUUCAGGCUCCAGCCUGCUGGCGUCACUCAGGGAUGCAGCCAGGACCAACACGCAGGUGGUCAGCUGGGGUGUCUCUCCCAGGAAGAAGUCCCCGGAACCACAAGGGCCCCGGAACAGAUAGGGAGCCGUGAAAGGAGGAUUAGUGCGGAGAGCGAGUGCCCGAUCAAAACGACGCAGCGCGUGAGUCACGUGCCUGACAAAUGGCCAGGAGAACAAGGGGAGGAGGAGUGAGGCAGCGGCCCAGAAUGAGGAGGGGGGCCAGGAAAGUGCCUCUUGAUGAAAGCUGGAGAAGGUUGGCUGACAAGGGAUCCCAGGCCCCAGAACCAUGGGCCGCCAACAUCUCCCAAACGUCACAGUAUCUGGACUGGGUCAGAGCCAGUGUGCCUGCAAAGCCCCGGCUUACACAUCCCUGUCGCUCCAUCACCGGCUCAGCGGACAGCUCCUCCUGAUCUCAGCAUGGACAUCCCUUGCAGGAACAGGGAACAUGCAGCUUCUGGACUGGUACCUCAGAGCUAUCUUGACUCUGAUGGUGCCUAUAGACGUUUGCAAAAAAUCUGAAGAUCUCAACAUACUUGCUAUUCGCUUUGAAUCCAGUUGAGAUGAACUGACAACCCAGAUGCCAUGCAGACAAAAGACAUAAAGACCCAGCCAUACAGAGGCCUUCUCUAUUUAUGGGGGCCAUCUAAGCACUUAAAUUCUGUUUAGUGACAUUUCAUUUUAAUACACCAGUGUGAUUUGUUUAAACUAGUCUUAGUUAGACUCUAAAAGCCUGAGCUGCAAGCCAGGUAAAAUGAUGUUCUUGAGGAUUUUGUCAUUUUGUCAUUUCCAAUAGGGAAAUGGCAACAGAGUCCAUCUUGAUACAUCUGUCAUGCACUAAAGUGGGUGGGGGGUGUUGAUGGAAGCGAAAGGUCACCUCCUGCUUCGCCCACUCCCCCCCCCCCCCCUCCCGCCCUCCUUCUCUUACUUGUUGCAGCUAAUUGUCCUACAGAAGGCGAAGGUCGAGAAAGGGUGUGGACAUUGGACCUUUCAGCAGCGAGUCGUGUAAACGCUGCUUAGUCACUGGCAGGAUCGAUUCAGGACAUCCACGCGGGGUAAUCCAUGCCCCCUGCCCCCCAGAGGGCAGAUCUUCUGAAGUGAAACUUCCCUAACGUCCUGAUUGCUAGAGUGCUGUUUAUUCCCCCCCCCCCCCCAUAUUUCUCCCUCGGCGCCUCUGCCCCAAGCAGUCAUCUCUCUCUCCCCGCCAGCUGAAAAGUGAAGCCCUCUCUCAGGACGGGAGUGCUUCACGUGUGGCUAUAAUGUUUCGAUUGUUCUCAGCAGCUAGGGGUUUCAAUGGCAGGGAGCUUGCCAAAGAAAUGCAAUUGUUUGAGACAUAUGGAAAAAACGAAUGCUUUAAUUGCUCAUUAGGAAAGACGCAGGCGAUAGCGAUGUAGGGUCAGCGUAGAAUGCUUAUUGUCAGCGAUUAGACAGUGUUUAGCUUGCUGAUGUAUGUGAGAAGUCUGUGCUGCUGAAAUGAAGUCUGAUCUCAGGAUUAAUCAAUACUGUAUAAUUAUGAUAAUGUUUCAUAUUUAAUUUAAGUCUGUUUCUCAAUCUAUUUAAGUCUGUGUGUAGAAAGACUAUUGUUUUGUUUAUUUAUGCCUGACGUUAUCAGCAGAAGGAAAGCUUGUUCAUCUUCAACAUGCACUUCAUUAAAACACAGAAUCACUCUUGAUAGUUUGUGUCUCUGGCACAUGUACGCUCAUUCAUUCCAACCUGCUGACUUCUUGUUACGACAUUUAUUUAUUGUGCAUUUGUGUAGGACUUGUAUUUAAUCAGUUUUUGAUGGAUUGUAUUUAUGUACUGACUGAACUUUCUCUGUGAAGGCUAAAGGUUUAAUAAAUGAAUAUCUGACUCCCUGAGAA